AUGGGCUUAUGCGAAGCAAACGACAGCCAUCAAUUCGUUCGAUCCUUGGACAAGCUUCCUACCUCUGAUCUGGUGCGCUUCACCCUGCAAAAGCCUGACGUGACUCGAAUUUUCGCCUCUUCACUCCAUCUGCUUGCCGUCGAGGCCGCAUCAAGCUCGCUUCCCAACGUUGGCGAGCCUGACCUCGCCUCUAGUCAUGUGGAUAUCCUUGCACGACUCAUCGAGCGAGGAGAUCCUUCCCUAGCUAGAAAAUUUGUCCCCACUCAAGGCUCUCUCGUUGAUCUAGCAAUUGCAACGCCCGCAGGAACCAGGCCGGUGGUUGCGACCAUCUUGGAGCGUCUCCUCGAUGCAUCAAGCGUAAAGGAGAUUGUUGGAGGCCUUUCAGCUCAGCUCGUCAGCUUUGUCUCUGUCGAGAACCCGCAAGAUAGUGCUGCAACUUCGUCAAGCAUUCGCACGCUCGCUCGUAUAUCUAGCGCGUUUCUCGCUGUUUGUCCCUCACGUUUGCUCAAGGGCAACAUUGGCUCGAUUCAAGCGUGGGUCCGCACAAGCACUCACAUCUACGACAAGACUUUGCCCCAAAUAGCUAAGAGUUUCGCAGGAGAUGCCACAGCAACUCUGAACGAGCCAGAUCUUGCCAGCUUAGGUGCCGACAGUUUGCAGCUUCACUGGCUCACUUGCCGAGUCGACCUACUCCAACUGAUCUCGACUUUGCUGGGGUAUCUCGGAGGCUCUGCAAAGCUCAUUGACGCUCUGCGAGAGAGCCUUGCUGAAAGCGAAAAGCUGCUCAGCAAAGGAGGUUUCUCGACCCUGCUCAACUCGACCGUACUACUCGAUCUCGCAGUCUCAACCGAUUCAUGGCCGUACAUACGGGCAGAGUUGGCAUCCAGCGUGUUGAGCAAGAAGGGCCAGAGCAAUGAUACGAUAGCGUCCAUCGACGCACUCGCUACUUCUGUGCCCAAGUUCACGGGUGCAGCGUGGGAUGCUUUGCGACGUUUUAUCGCUUCGCAAACACCAAAUUCAUCUGAGACACAUUCACAGGCGGGGUCAAGACGUGUUGGCCCUGCCUCUGAGGAUGACGUGGCCUUCGUCGAUUCAAUUUUGCCCCAUUACGGCAUGGAGCGCCUUCGGACCAUCCUUUCUCGGCCUUCUUUCGCCGGUCAAAGUGCAGAGAUGGUCAUUCAAAGGCUACUGGAGGGCGACGAGGGAGACAUGCAAUCGUCGGGGACCGCGCGUUCUCCGCAAUUCACGCAAUCGAUGCUGCCAGCCGCAGUCUCGCACGAAUCUACUACAAUUGCUGCUCCUUCCAUUGAGGCAUCAGCGCUGCCGUCGUCAUCAGCUGCGCAACCAUCGCUUGUCAAAUCAAGGGCCAACGUCUUUGGCGAUUUUGCCUUUGACCCUGCAUCCAUCGUUCAGCCGAAACUGGCUCGGACUGGGCGAGUCGACGAGCUCGCACCCGAACUCAAAGCUGCCAUCCUUGCGCGGGCUGAAGCAGCUGACGACGAUGAAGCCGAAGAGGAAUGGAACCCUUUUGCCGAAGGACAUCGUACCGUGGGAGUGGAAGACGAGUUGGAUCUGGAUUACGAUGGACGGGAAAGAGGACCGGCCCUUCGUCUCGCAACCGACGAGGAUGAUAACAGCGACGAGGAUGACGAAGGAGCUGGGCAUGACCAUCAGGAUCAGGCGCGAAUGCGUGAGCGCGUUCUCUUGCGGCACUACGUUCAACACGGCUCUGCAUCUUUCUCGACCGAUGCAACAACGAGGCGCAGUGAGGCGAGGCAACAACUGAAAGAGCAAACGGGCUUGAGCGACGACCUGAUCGAAUCGUGGGCAGUGAUGCUGGAGCGCAAUCCGCGAAAGGACCGCUUGCUGGCUGCUGCAUCACAAUCCGAGCUGGACGAGCAGCUCGCGACGCGUGAUUCACGCAACUAUAGCGACGAGGACAACGAGGACGCUGCACACGCCCGACGGUUCGGACCGGACCGUGGACGUGGUGGACGCAUCUUGAGGGGCGGCAGCCGAGGCGGUGGUCACACCCGGACGGGUGGAGACCAUGCUGGUGGAUCGAAUCCCAGCAGCGGCAGUGGCCCUCAGACCAAGAAGCCGACCCGAGGACGAGGCACAGGCAACUCGGGCACUGAUAGAUCAGCUAAACAGAAGGAGAAAGCGGGCAACAAGGCGCGUCAAAGAGGCCAUGACAAAAAGAUGGCUCGCGUCAAUCCUAAUGCGUGA